AUGAAAAAAGAUUCUUCCACCAAAAGACCAUAUGAAAAAGUCUCAAAAAUAAAAAGACAGAACCUUGUUAAGCUAGUGUUCCAUCAAGGAAUCAAAAUAAAACAUGUAUUAUUUAAUUCUAAAAAUAGGCUGCUAAACAACUCAAAAUAAAUUAUGCCGCUGCUAAGACUGUUAUUAGUCAGCAUAGAUGCAAUGUUAUUUUACAGAAUAUACAAUAUAAGUCCAACCAAAGAUGUGGAUUUUAGAAAAUAAAUAAUACUAACAGAUCAUUCAACUUAAUAUCCAAAUUAGCUGGAGAAAUUGUAAAAGCUACUAACCAUACGAUAUCUGAGUCUAAGAAUAUUUGA